AAAAGUCAUUUUUAUAACUUUCUUCUACUUUCGUAGCUUUUGCUGCACGGCAUCGCCUGCUGGAUCCCUGAAUCCGUAGCGUUGUAACGGACGUCGACCCGCCGCGGGUGACGUCGUUGUCUGCACCUCGCUCAAUGUUUUGUUCUCGAUACAAGACCAGGAAGCGAGAUUUUUGCCAUCUGUGAACUAGCUGUUACCUUAUGCGAUGAAAGCACAAAAGAGCAGGAAAACAUAACAUUAAUGGUUAUGAUUUGAUAACAAACGACGUAACAUAAAAGCCGACACACUUCAUCUAAAGAUUAACUCACCUCGUGAACUGCUAAAACCGCUAUCUAGCUCGCUCUUUAGCCAUCUGGCAGGAUUGUUUCUUGCUAACGCUAGCAGUAAGUUACCGUUAGCAGGCUGGUCACUGCCCGGUGAUGGCUGUAGCACAGAGAAGCUGUGUUGUGGCUGGAUAUUUACUUCUACUGCUGCUGUCUGGGUGUAAAGCAAGGAUACACAAGCUCACACUGAAGAAUGAAACUCGGUCUGUCGUCGACCUCAACAAUUUUGGCUUCUAUGCUAAUGGGACUCUGGAUGUCAGCCUGAUUUCUUUGCGCCUCCCAAAUGAACAGCUGAACUACAGCACUUACCCGGUUGGUUUCAGCCUCUCCAGGUCACGUGUGAAUGGAGUCUUGUCUUACACAGCAGAGGAAACUGAAACAUGCCCACUCACUCUGACAGAAUCAAACAACAACGAGCCUUUCAUUCUUUUUCUUAUUGAUAUCAACAGCCUCAGUGUCACUGUGAAAGCUAUGGGUGAGCAAGACAACCUAUUGACACCAAAGCCAAAGGCUGAAGCGCCUAAAGGUCAGAGGAAAACCAGGGAUGCUCCCGAUGUUAAACCUCAAGAGCCACAUGAUAAGUUGGAUCAGAAGACAGAGGGUCAGACAGAACCAAAAGCUCCAGCAGAAGCUAAAAAAGUGGAGGGAAAUACAUUCCAUCUGGGGAGUACCAAGCAGCUGACUUUGCCUUUGAACAAAGUUAACGGCACCUACAACUUCGGUUUCCACAUGGUGGUUGGUUCGCUGGCGCAGGGUCUGUACAGCCUCAAGUUCCACUACUGUAAGAACAGGUCGCCUGGAUCCCAACUGCCCUACUCGUUCACCGUCGAAGUGACAGAGAAGAAUCCAGGCGGCUUCCUGUCUGCAGCAGAAAUUCCUCUGUCUCGCCUGUACAUUUGCAUGGCUGGAGUCUUCUUCACCGCUGCCAUGGUCUGGGUGUACACACUCAUGAAGCACAGGUACAGCGUGUUUAAGAUCCACUGGCUGAUGGCAGCGCUAGCCUUCACCAAGUCCACGUCAUUGGUUUUCCACAGUAUCAACUAUCACUUCAUCAACACCGAGGGGCAUCCCAUUGAAGGCUGGGCUGUCAUGUAUUACAUCACACACCUGCUUAAAGGGGCUCUCCUGUUCAUCACACUGGCACUGAUUGGCACUGGGUGGGCUUUCGUUAAAUACAUCCUGUCGGACAAGGAGAAGAAGAUCUUCAUCAUUGUCAUCCCCCUGCAGGUCCUGGCUAAUGUCGCCUACAUCAUCAUUGAGUCUACAGAGGAAGGCUCCAGUGAAUAUUAUCUGUGGAAGGAAAUUCUCUUUCUGGUCGAUCUCAUCUGCUGCGGAGCCAUCCUUUUCCCUGUUGUCUGGUCUAUCCGUCAUCUACAAGAGGCCUCUAGCACCGAUGGCAAAGCUGCCAUGAACUUGGAGAAGCUCAAGCUCUUCCGGCAUUAUUAUGUGAUGAUUGUGUGUUAUAUCUACUUCACGAGGAUCAUAGCCAUUCUGCUCAAGGUCACUAUGCCUUUCCAGUGGCAGUGGUGCUAUGAGUUUCUGGUGGAGGUGUCUACUCUGAUCUUUUUUGUGUUGACGGGCUACAAGUUCCGACCGGCAUCCAAUAACCCCUACCUCCAGCUUCCCCAGGACGAGGAGGACGUGGAGAUGGAUGAAGUAGUGACUGAGUCAGGUGCACUGGAGGGUAUUUCCAAAGUGAAGAAGACGUCUAAUGGUCGUGAGCGCCAGAAGGAGUCCACCUUGUGAGGAGGAAGCAUCUUCGGGAGGGACCCACUAAACAUCCCCAGGCCAGCUGGUGUAGAGGGGUGCACAUGGACCAAGGCUCCCCACCCACACUGACAGCUAUCAUUUUGAAAGUCUUGUGUUGACAAGAGUUUCAAAAAUUUGCACUUCCAGAAAGGAGGCGCCACCACUGUCUGGCUAUGCAAAAAAAACAAAAAAAAAAACAAAAAAAAAAAACCCCAGAAAACAAGGAAAAAAAAGACUAACUUUGUUGGACGCUCUCUAUUUCCUCAAAACCUCUACACCCAGAAACUCUGAAAGGUUUCAGAAGGAGACCGGCUCCCGCCACACUGAUGGUUGGAGACAUGGAAAUGAGCUCGGAUGUUCUUUACAAUUUGUCUCUCUCUUUCUCUCUCUCUCUCUCCCCCAAAGAUAAUUAUCAUUUUAGAGGACUUGCUUUCGGGUGUGUUUAUAUCGGCUAUUUAAAUUGGUACUUCUGCGAACCUCUUAGCUGUACCUUUCCGUGUGUGACGUGAGUACACGUGUGUGUGUGUGUGUGUGUGAAUGUGAGACAGCACAAAAUUUGGACACAACUGUUUUUUUUCCCCUUUGGAGAAAAUAGCCCGUACUCAGGUAAAAGGCUAAUCAGUAUAUAUUGAAAAAAAUUUCGAACAACAACAAUUUUCACAUGAUGUUUCUCUUUCCCACUGUUCAGGGGUCAGUAAUGUCCCAUCAGUCAUACAACUUCGCCGCCACACAGUAAAGGAUGUUUUUCUUAUAUAUUGAAAUAUAUAUAUAUAUAUAUAAAAAUGGUUGUAUAUUUCAAUAUAUUAAUUAUUGCAUAUUGAAAUAUCAUAUUUCAGUAUUAUUGUUUAUAUUGAAGAGUUCCCCCCAGUCUGUCACAUGGACCGCUGCUGUAAUUUAGUGCUUUAGUGGUCAAGGUCAACUCACAUCUCUGUGAAUUAAGCCCAGAUGGUUACAUGUAGACUUUUUAAUGAAUAAACAGGUUUUUGGAAACAGGUUUUUCUGUAAUAACCAGAGCAGUGGCUCUUCUUGUUUUCAACAACGGCCUUGUUUUUUUGUUUUUGUUUUCUUUUUGGCCAUGCUGUGCCAAUCUGGGCAGAGAAGUGACCUAACUGAUCAUUUUUGAAUUUGUCUGCUUUUGGUUUUACCCUUUUUGCUCUUGAUGUGAAGCUUAUUUUAUUAAUUAUUGAUGAUUUAUUGGUUUAUGAAAGAUCAGAAUUGUGUGCAGCCAGGUAUGGUAGAUGGCCAUUUGUAAAUAAUUUAGAGAAGAAGACUGUUGAUAUGAAAGGAGGCACAUAACACUUUCAUAAGAACUGCAUAGAAGCUUUAUAGACAGGGUUUCAGACAGUAAUGACACAGGCUCAGUUUCAAAGAGAUUUUUUGAUUCCUUUAACAGAUGGAGGGGGAGAGUAAAUGUGAGGAAUCAAUGAAAAACUACUGAGAUUUAAACACAGACACUCCUGUACAAACGAAGACAGAGCUGCAGCGUUUACAGACUGUUAAUGUUUCUCCCGACUCUGGGUGUCGGGUACCUGGGUGGACAAGAGUUAACAGACAGUAAAUCAGUGGAGUGAGGAAGGUUUUGUGCUUGUUACAGAGGACUGUUUGUGUGAACUGUCACAAUAAAGCUGGUGUUCUGGAAAGA